GAUAACUUGAUACUUUUUUCCAUCACUGAAAAUUCUUAACAAUAACAGCGGUAAUAUGGAUUACGUUCGUUCAAUUUUGGAAUGUUUAGCCUCUAUUUGUAGUUGUUGGCACUGUACAGACGACCUAGGCAACCAAGGCAUCGAACCCAGUGAAAGGACUCAUCUUCUGGCAGACUCUGUCAAUCAAAGUCCAGCUUUGCGACGAAGCAACUCUGCUGAUUUGAGCAAUGAUUGUUCUCAGUCGCUGCCAAAGAAAGACGACCAAAAUGCGUUGUCCAGAUUGGUGCAAAAUACUGCAAUUAACAUGAUUAACGUUGGUGCGCUGGAUUCUCACACAUUGGAACAUCAAGAGUACACGAAUAGAAUAAAAACAUACUCACAGCGUCUUCAGCAGCAAUGGAACAACAUCCAGCACCCUGGUGUGGAGCAAACAGGCCUUCUAAAAGAUGUACCAAACCAUCACACUUAUUUGUCGAAAGUCAUUUAUCCAGAUGAUACAGCUCAGAUGAGAAUAUUUAUUGAGAAAUCUCACGCUGCAGUAUUAGGAAUACAAAUUGAUCAUAGAGAGGCGGUUGUUGUUCCGUUUCAAAUCCCUUAAAAAAAACAGCAAGAUAUAAUUUAAUGUUAAGAUGUAUUGUACUGUUAAAAAUAUAAUUAUUACCACAUACCAUUUGUUCUAUUGUGGUUUAAAACAAUGUCA